CCGGUGUGCGAGCUGUGGUCGGUGCUGCCUCCCCGUCGGACAUGGCGGAGUACAGCCAGACGGGCCUGCUGGCGGCUCUGCUGCUGUUCACGGCUCUAACGGUGCGGGACGUUUAUGUGGGCAGGACCACCCCACAGAGACCCGGACCCACACCCACACCCGGAUCCGGAGCCUACCCGGACAGCCUGACCGACACACAACCCGGAAAGACGGCGAAGGCCUCCAUGUACACCGGACCCGUUCUCCGGUUCCAGUACUGUAUCUCCUGAGGGUACAGUAAGGUGUUCCAGGAGUACUCUCGGGCUAUCAGCCAGCUGUACCCGGACAUCCGCAUCGAGGGGGAAAACCACCCCCCCACACCCUUCAACAGGUACCUGGGGAACUUCAUCUCAUACCUGAAGCUGCUCGCCAUCGUGCUGAUCGUCAGUGGCCAGAACCCCUUCAACAUGAUGGGUGUGGCCACGCCGUAUGCCUGGAUCUGGAGCCAGGACAACAAGAUCUUCUCCUGUCUGAUGGCGUUCUUCCUCUGUAACAUGAUGGAGACUCACUUCCUGUCCACAGGCGCCUUCGAGGUCACGCUGAACGAUGUUCCGAUCUGGUCGAAGCUUCAGUCCGGUUACGUCCCGAACAUCCAGGAGCUUUUUCAGAUCCUCGACAACCACCUGAAGAUGAACCAGGUGGAUCCAAUGAGCUUCAGCUCCACCUAGAGCUGUGGACUCAGGUGUCGGUGGUGCGUUCAGGGUCCUGUCGCUGCAGUGGGACGUUCGGCCGCUGGCGUUGAUGAAGGCUCGGCUCUAAAGCAGACUCUGCAGAGCUCGGCCCGAUGUUUUCCCUGCCACCAAACGGGCGCUCCCUCUGCUCUGGACUCCACUACCCAUGAUGCACCUGUAGACUGUUUAUUUAUUUAGCUUGGUACGAUGUUAGACUUAAUGAAUCCACAUCUGUCCUCAAUUUGAUGAUGAACUCUGGUUUUGUUAGUGAUGAUCAGAGCAGCUCUUCAACUGGACCUUCUGUCACGAAUGUUCAAACAGUUUUUAAUGUAGAAAUGUUCAUUUAUUUGUUACUUUUUCUUGACAAAAUCGGGGUUUUAUCAUUAAUUUAAAAAUCCUUCAUGUCUUUAUUACAUUUGUAAAACGAACCCCGGUGUCUUAAAGUCACAUUUACGACAAACGUUGGUUCAGUGACUCAUGGACAAAACUGUGUUUGAACAUGGAGAUAUUCAUUGAUUAUUGAUCAGGGUUUAUUUUUCAUCUGCAGACGUUUACAGUUUAUCAAAUGAACAAUAAAAGUCAGUCUAAAAAAAUC